GCAAAUUUGCCCUCCCAACAGCCAUACAAGCUUUGAGCAAACUCAUUUCGCAUCAAAUUCUUCAAGGUUUCGGAGCAUAACAUCAAUGGGGGAAGUUUUAUUUGAACUCGAACAAGUUCUCAGGUCCAAGCAGCAUAAAUUGACGCUAGAAGAAUCAAAUGCGCUCCUGAAUUGCAAGUCUAAGGCUAUGAAGGAAUACACCGUUGGAGCUCUUUUUGGGGCCGGGGUUGCAUGGAUAGCCACACCGAAACUGAGUUUAUUUGGUCGAAUUGGUAUUUCAGCAGGAGCUUCUGCUGUUGUGGGAUUGUGGAGACUUGGGAGUUCUUUAGACUCAUGUCUUGAUCAUAUUCUUUCUUUGGAAGGAAGUCAGAUGCAGACAGAGUUAGCAUACAUAAUGGCGAAAAAGUAUAGGAAUGAUCCGUUGCACAUGCAACGUAUCUCUAAGCUCUUUUACUCUGAGAGUGUUUUUGAUGACACAACUUCAGAUCAGCCAAAAACAAGGUGGCGGUAUCGGAAUUUCUUUAGUGACAACGUACAUCAUGGUCAAAGCACAAAUGAGAGCGACUCUAACGGUGACUUCCAAGGUGAUUCAGACAGUGGCUCUCGUGUUGAUUAUAACAGUAAUAACCAAAGGGGUUCGAAUGGUGCCCGUCCUAAUGCCCACCUGGACUCUGAGAGCAAGCAAGCUCCUAUGAGAUCUGUUAUUGAUGCAAUGGACCCCCUUGAUUGCGUUUUCGGCUAUCCAGCAAUGGAGGAGAUUCACCCCCCUAACCCUUCAACCACGUCUCCCCGAACGCAUACUCGUAACCACAAAAGAGCUCACCGCAGGCGUCGAAUGCGCCAUCAGGAUGUUUUAUUGAAUUCUCAUCAUGCAUAACUUGGAGUUUUAUUUAAAUGAACCUCUUGGAGGAUAUCAUAGAGGAAAGUUAGAGGAAGUGAAAAUGUGGAGUUGUGAAGGCCGUGUUUGGAAUUAAUCCCUUUUUUAUUUUUUACG